ACGGCAGCACCUCUUAUCUAACACAUGUGGCCACUGAUGUCAAAAUGCUUAUUUAGUCAAAUGCUGAUUCUGCAUUUCCAGGUCACCCCAAUCACCACCUAUUUGUGAGCAGCUAGUUACACUGGGCGGCUGUCGCCAAGUUCCUCCUACCAGUGUAUUUCAGACAGAACCAUGUCUUACCCACCACAGCUGCCACCGUGGACUACCGCAAGUUGAUCUGGCAAAGAUUAAGAAGAAAAUCUAUUUAGAUUGUUGCCUAGCUCUUCACUCGCCAAAUGAUGUGGUGAUGUUGAAAAAAGUAGAAAAUUUCAAGAAGGGGGCGGGGGGGUGGAAGCCAGGGUUACUUUGGAUCACUGAAGGAAAAGAAGUAGCACAAAGUCCAGCCUGACACCCACAGAGAUUCAAACAUCUCUCUUCUGUUUCCAUUUCCUGGCAGCAGUGAGUAAAUUCUGACUGACCAAUUCAGCUGUGACAGGAGACCCAUUAUUUUGUGGUUUCUGUCAAGUUCCUGAUUCUCAUCUGUUCUUCAAGAUGAGCAAGAACUCUGCGUGUAACAGACUUUCUCCGGAGUGUAUAUUGAGACAUAUUCUGAAAUGAAUGCUGUUUGACUCACAGUCCAAGGGCUGCAGACAGUGAGUUGCCUACCAAGUAGUGGCCCUUCGGUGUGGCUUCCUCAUCACCAACCGUCCCUUCUCACAUCUCUAGGAUCAUUAGGGAAGGAACACCUUGGCCACUUCAAGAUGACAAGCACACACUGGACUACACUGCUUCAUUGACAGGAAGCCUCCUGUUCUACCAGCGCCCCCACCACGCCAAAAAGAAUUUUAAGAUCUCUCAUCUUUAACAGGCUGCGACAAGCUGCUUAGAAAUAGUGAACCUUCCAAGAGCCUGGGACAGGAAAGGAAGAGUAGGUGGGCUACACCAAGACAUUCUUUGUUUUCUUUUUGAUUCACUUGGUUCUUACUUUUGCAUCAUUGUAUAAAAUCAGCAUCUAUAUAUGACUAUUUCCUCCAUUUAUGAAAUGAUUUGAAGUUUCGGUAGGUCCCAUCAUCAACACACUAAAUCAUCUCUACACUAAAGAGAAGGAGAGGAGAUUGGACAGAUGUUAAAAGGUCAAAUUGAUACAGGUCCCUGUUAUGAUCUUGUCCUGUUUUCAUCCAACACAUAUUCCUAUCUUUUGGGCUCAGCAUGUAAUUGUCCUCACUUCCUGUAGAUGCCUCAGAUAGCUCUAUUUUCACACAUCUUUCAAUCUAUCACUGUACAGAAGCCUGGCUGAGACCAAAAACAGUAAAACAUUCAGCUGGAGAACACAAUGCCCUAAGAAAAACACUGCUGCUAAAGAAAAAUAUUUAAGAGCUUCGAUUAUCUUGGGUUUACUUUCGGCUCAUUACUCAUGUGGAGUGUCCCUUUGUCUCUACUGUGUCUAACUAGUAACAAUGCAGGCAACAGUGAUAGUGUUUUCCCCCAACCAUCACAUGUCAAAUCUUUCCAUCCUAAAACAAAGACUCUUACCUGUGAUUCCUUCAAAACAGGCCAGAAUAGGAAGAAGGUGUCUGCAGGGAAAGACCCAAGCAAGUCUUAAGUAUUCACUCGCUUUCAGAAGGCUUCCUUGCUCUAGAAGUCUAUCUGGGUCAGUCAUACUCUUCCAUCAACCUCGAAGUGACGAGGGGUGCAGGAGACAAUGAUGUACAACACAAGGGCAUAAUAUGCUCAGAUUCUCAACACAUUCAGGAUUCUAAGAACACAGUUCUGGACCCAUGGCAUCAGGCUAUCAGGAGACAAGACAAACUAUUUAGUAGACAAACUCCUUGUCACAGUGGACAUUUAAAAAUAGAAAAUGUGGCCCCUUUGCUUACUAUCUAAAAUUCAAAACAGGCUACAGAAGACUGACGGGAAGCAUAGGACUACAAACUAUUAUGAUCAGAGCCAAGGGUGGCAUGCAUGAAGUAAGAGCACACAGAAGCAAGGUGUUCUUGUGUGAGAAGUAGUACACAAAGUUUGCAUAUACGACUGUUUUAUUUGGAAUGUGACUGAAUUUCAUAUUCCACAUUUCCAAAUUUGACUUUCUCACACUUCCUUAAUUUUACUGACAACACUCUUCACUCACUGUGUUUGAAACACUGUACUUGGCUCCAGGAAUACAAAGAUGAACAAGAUACAUUCUCUGAUAUCAAGGGACCCAUCAUCCUCCACAAUCAUUCUUUCCCAUGAUCCCUGACUACCUGUACAUUUCUUAAGAGUAGGGAUUCAUGUCUUCAAUUCCCAGACUGCAUGUUCUUUUAUUUCACAAAUAUUUUAACUAUCUAAUGUCCUAAAUAUAAUGCUAGGAACAACGGUAAAAAAAAAUAACACGAUCUCCCUAUGAAGGGGCUUACUGUAACAGAAGAAAGAAAGAAACAGAUGGAGAAAUCAGUGUUGAGAUGGGAGAAAGGCACAGAGCUAGGAGCACACAUACAAAAGGAGUAUAACCCACUCUAACCAAAGCAUAGGAAGACAACGUUUUCUAAAGAAAGUGACAUCCAAGCCUAGCUGCAGAGAUGAAGAGAAGAAAACGUGGAAGGUUUUCCACAGAAAUGAAAGUUUGUGCAAAGGUCCAAGGUCAAAGAAAUCAUGGAACUCAUGGCUGAGAGUGGAGGAAGCCGAGGCCUCCCCUGCAGAAGUUACAGAAUGAUAAAUUCCACCACCACACAACCUCCGAACGAGGCCUGCUCCCGGAACACCCUCAUAACUCAGAGUAUCAUUCCCGUGCUAUACUUGGCGGUCUUUGUCGCGGGGAUCCUGCUCAAUGGUGUCUCUGCAUGGAUAUUCUUUUACGUGUCCAGCUCCAAGAGUUUCAUCGUCUAUCUCAAGAACAUUGUUGUGGCUGACUUUCUGAUGAGCCUGACUUUUCCCUUCAAGAUUCUUGGGGAUUCGGGCCUGGGACCCUGGCAGAUAAACGUGUUCGUGUGCAGGGUCUCAGCUGUGCUGUUCUACGUCAACAUGUAUGUCAGCAUCGUGUUCUUUGGGCUCAUCAGCUUUGACAGGUAUUAUAAAAUUGUAAAGCCUCUUUUGACUUCUUUCAUCCAUUCAGUAAAUUACAGCAAACUUCUGUCAGUCACGGUGUGGGUGCUCAUGCUCCUUCUGGCUGUCCCCAACAUUAUCCUGACCAACCAGAAAGCGAGGUACGGGAAGGCUACGCGUAUAAAAUGUGUAGAGCUUAAAAACGAAUUGGGACUUAAGUGGCACAAGGCAUCAAACUACAUCUUUGUGGGCAUCUUCUGGAUUGUGUUUCUUUUGUUGGUCAUUUUCUACACUGCUAUCACGAGGAAAAUCUUUAAGUCCCACCUGAAAUCCAGAAGGAAUUCCAUUUCGGUCAAGAAGAAAUCUAGCCGCAAUAUAUUCAGCAUCAUGUUCGUAUUUUUUGUCUGUUUUGUGCCUUACCACAUUGCCAGAAUCCCCUACACGCAGAGCCAGACAGAAGCUCAUUACAGCUGCCGGUCAAAAGAAAUUUUGCUCUACGUAAAAGAAUUCACUCUAGUACUGUCAGCUGCAAAUGUAUGCCUAGACCCUAUUAUUUAUUUCUUUCUAUGCCAGCCGUUUAGAGAAAUCUUAUGUAAGAAACUGCACAUCCCAUUAAAAGCUCAGUCUGACUCAGAAACUUCUAAAACCAAAAGAGGAAAUACAAUGCAUGAAAGCACAGACACUCUGUGAAUUCCCACCUCCUUUCAAAAAGAAUCCAUGUACACAUUUUGCAAUCUUCAGUUACAUACGAAUACAAAAGAAACAUGUCCAUGCAACUAAGUAUCAUCUCUAUGCAUUACUAUUCAAUUUAGUAUAAUAAUAAAAACAAAAUAGAAGUUCCACUGCUUUUGUAACAGCAAAGAAAAAAGUAAUACAUGCAUUGUUCAAUUUUAUUCCAUCAAAACACAAGUUUUCAAUGUAUAAUCACUCGUCUCGACAGUUAAUGUAGAAGUUUAAAUAGCAUAAAGAAAAUAGGAAGCAAUCAAGACAAUUCACUGGGGCGUGUUCCUUCUCUAAAUACAAGAAUUUAACUUAUGUGUUUUUUUUUCACCAGGGUUACUAAAGACCAACCUAAAAGCAGGCAGAGUUUGAUAAAGAACUGGAGACCUGUUUGGAGUGAAAAAGUCAAAUUUUCUGAUUUCACUUAGGAAAUUCCCUACUGAUUUAUCUCCUAGCAUUUCAAAGGGAAGUUGACAUAAAUUGUGUUCUUUGCAGUAAAAACAAAAUGUAACACUUUGAUAACAUUUUGAAGAUGAUAAUAAGAUACAUUCUGAAUGUUUUGUAUCAAGACUUUUUAAGCUACGUCUUGAGCAUGCAUUUCUGGUGUUAAAAUAUUUUUAAGUGGACUCUAUUGAAGGAAACUGGCUAUUGGUAUAUGUUGCCAGCAACUUUCCCUAUGGAAUGCUAUGGAGGAAAAAAAAAAAAUGAUGCCCAGGACAAACACACAAACACACACACACACAGCAUGCACAUACACACAUACAUCGAGGGACAGGGGAACAGUUUUCUUUGAAAGCAACCGGACUUGAAAAAAAGGAAAAUCUAAAAUUUGUAAUUUUGAGUGAGAAAUUACACAUAAAAUGAAAAUUUGUGACAUUUUCUGAAAAGGAGAUGGAUUUAAAGUAUGUAGAUAAGGGAUAUGGCUGCUGGCUUGUGAGUUACCAAAACUAAAUUCUUUCUCUGCUCUUAACUGCCUAGAAGACAUCCAGGCCAUCUUCCAAAUGUUAUUCUCAAACAUUUUUGUAAGCCAUGUAUAUAUACUUUUUUGCUUUACUGUAUAUGUACUAAUAAAAAUAUUUUCAAUAGUAUCGGGAUUUUUUCCUUAAAACCUAAGGUAUAAAAAACAAUGCCAAAUUAUUUCACAGUCGAGACAUGGGUGGUUUCUUUAAUAUGCUCAAUUACACAUGAAGAAAGGAAGACAGGGGCACCUGGGUGGUUCAGUCGGUUAAGCGUCUGACUUUGGCUCAGGUCAUGAUCUCACAGUUCCUAAG